AUGCUAUUUAUUAAAACUUUUUUAACAUUAUUAUUAGUUUCAAUAACAACUGUUUUAUCAGUUGAUUCAACUCCAAAUUUUUUUAAAACAUUAUCAGAUUCAAAGGGUAAUUAUACUUUAACAUUUACAAAUGAUCAAAUUCCAAUAAAUAGCUCAUCAACAUUAUCAGUUCGUGGUAGAUUACUUGGUUCAAAUGUUCAAGUUUUACAAGUUAUUGGUUCAUCAAAUAUAGAUGGUGGGUUCCAUCCUCCUGGUUCACCAAGUGGUGAUACAUCAGUUUAUGCUUCAUAUCCAAUUCCAACAAAUAUUUCAAAUAAUGAAAGUAUUAGUCUUUAUAUUUCAGUUAGUACAAUUGAUGGAUCAAAAUUUCCAAAAGAUGUUAGUCUUAAUAUAUUUGGUGGAUUUAGUGUUAAAGGUGGUGAUUCUACACAAUUUGAAACAACAUUUAGUUAA